AUGUACUAUGUAAUUGCAGACAAUCCAAAUAUCGGUUAUGUAUCUAUCAAUAAAGAGCCGGAAUCAUAUUCGAUAAGGUAUAGCCUGAAACCACGGAGGUAUAUGGGAAUAUCUGGAGUACAAUCUUUUAAAAAGAUCAAAGAAGAAAAAAGGAGCGAGUAUAUGAAAAAAAUAAAUAAACAGAAGCAACAGGAAGCCUUUGACGAAAGAAUUCCAGUGUAUAAAUUCAAUCAACGUAGUACAGAAACACCAAGACCAGUGAAAGACGAAACAAAAUAUAACCAUGAUGAAAUAAAUACGAGAGUCUCGAGAGCGAAAAAUGUCAAUAGUAAUAAUUCACAUCAACGCAAUCAGCCCAAUGUAGAGAAUCGACGCGGCCAACGUGUGAAUAAAAUGAACAUUCAUGAUAAUAAAGUUGAUACACUACAAGUUAACGUUCGUAAAUUAGACAUCGCAUCGGAGCCACAACGAGUCAGGAUAAGUAACAAACAUCAACAUUCCACAUUGUAUACCCAAAUGAGAGACGAUAAUCAUAUGCGCAUCCCAACGUCUAUGUUAGUAGAUAAAACAUUCCAAAAUGGAGCAAAUUUUAAAGACAAAAAUGCCCAAAUAAUGACUAGAAUUCUUGACGAUAUGUCACAGAAAAUUACUGACAGAAGAAUGAAGACCAACGAAUAUAAAAAGAGAGAUACAGAUAAUGCAUAUGGUAAGCCGAGACGCAAUAGUAUAUCGGAUAAAAUGCGAAAAUACAUUGGCAAUGAUGUCAAUAUGUUACAAAAACGUGAGCCGAUUAAAACUGCAAGGAUAGGCAGUCACGAAGAAGAAUUUCAAGAUAGUGAACCAUAUGCAUUGUUUUAUAGAAAUGGUCCGGAGACUAUUGAAAAUCAAGCUGGACUUACCUGGUGAAGAUGUUGGAGGACGAUAAAAUACAGUAAAAAAGCGGUCUGUGAAUUAUCAGAACAACAAGAAAAUUUAAUUAACCUACGCGUUGAAGAACAUUUCUAUUUUUUAUAACAAUUAAAAACGAUGUUCUUUCACUGCAUUAAACUGUUAUUUAGAAAUAGAUUUUUCGAUAAAAAUCCUUCGAGCUCUUCAAAUCUUACGUGUAAAUUAGGAAACUAUUGCAAUAAUAAAAAGUAUUGAUUUUAUAUGAGCGUCGAAAAAUU